AUGGUAACAUGUAGCAAAGGGCCUUAUUUUUUGAAGGCAAUAGAUUGUUCUAGGCAAGAAAAAAAUGUAGAAUUUCUUCAUAACCAGCUAUGUGACAACAUUGACGAGGUGGGGGCAUCACAUGUAGUCCAAGUUGUUACCAAUGCUGCCCUUGUUUAUAAAGUAGCAGGCAUGUUGGUGCAAAAGAGGUACAAACAGAUAUUUUGGACACCAUGUUGUGUGCAUUCAUUGAAUAAUGCUCUCAAAGAUAUUGACAAGUUCCAAUGGAUUUCAGAUCUCAUAGAGAAGGGUAGAAAGAUACAAAUGUUCAUAUGUCACCAUUACCACACACAAGACAUUCAUUGUAAAUAUGCCAAGGUGGAACUUUUGAAACCUACUGAUACACAUUUUGCUUCUUACUUCAUUCUGCUUGACUGCCUUUGUGAAGUCAAAGGAACUUUGUGUUCCACUGUUGUUAGUGAUGCAUGGGCAACUUGGAAGCAAUCUACAUUAGAUAUUGCAGUUGAGGUGAGAGCUAUGGUCCUUGAUGAACAUUUUUGGGCUGAUGUUAAGUUUGUUGUGGACUUUAUUAAGCCAAUAUGUGAGGUGAUCAGAUUUGCAGAUUUAGACAAGGCAUGUUUGGGAGAGGUUUAUGAAGCAAUAGAUUCCAUGCGUGAAAGAGUAAAAAAGAUAAUCAAUGCAAAAGAUAUUUCUCUAUAUCCUUUGAUAGAGGAAAAGUUACAUGGAAGGUAA